AUGCUCUCCCGAGCUGCCUGGAGCUCUGUGCUGAGAAGAGGAGGACUUGGAACUCGAGGGACACACAGCCCAGGAGGCCCUGCCUCCCGUGCCCAGGGGAAGAUGACCCCCUACACCAACUACUUCGCCCAGCGCUCCUACCCCAUGCCCGACGAGCCCUUCUGCACCCAGCUCAACGCCGAGCAGCGGGCCCUGAAGGAGAAGGAGAAGGGCAGCUGGACCCAGCUGAGCCACGCCGAGAAGGUGGCCUUGUACCGGCUCCAGUACCACCAGACCUUCGCGGAGAUGAACCGGCGCUCCAACGAGUGGAAGACGGUGAUGGGCUGCGUCUUCUUCUUCAUUGGGUUGACGGCCCUGCUGAUUUGGUGGCAGCGUGUUUACGUGUUCCCUGAGAAGCCUGUCACCCUGACGGACGAGUGGAAGGCCCAGCAGCUUCAGCGCAUCCUGGACAUGAAGGGCAACCCGGUGCAAGGCCUGGCCUCGCGGUGGGACUACGAGAAAAAGGAGUGGAGGAAGUGA